AUGGAAAAACUGUCGUUUUAUCGAAUCAACAUCCAAGUAGUUCAGAUGCAUGGUCGUGAAGAGGAAUUUAGUCGCAAGGCAGUCGAGAGUUUAAUAAAAAAAUUGAAAGAUAAACGAGAUGAAUUAGACGCAUUAAUUACUGCUGUGACCUCGCUUGGUAAAUCCUCCGCAAAAUGUGUCACCAUACAACGAACACUGGAUGGUCGUUUACAGGUUGCUGGUCGUAAAGGCUUUCCACAUGUAGUUUAUGCUAGAAUAUGGCGUUGGCCGGAUUUACAUAAAAAUGAAUUAAAACAUUUGCCAAUAUGUGGAAGCGCAUUUGAUUUGAAAGGAGAUUUGGUAUGUGUAAAUCCAUAUCAUUAUGAUCGGGUAAUGCCACCUGUUAUUGGUUCACUUGAUUUGGCUAAUUUGAGACUUGAUAGUGUUCCAUCAACUGAAGACUCUAAUUCAUCACCAAAAAUAUGUUUAGGUAAUGUUAAUUGGUGUGCGAUCACUUAUCAUGAAUAUGGUACAAAGCUCGGUGAAAGCUUUAUCGCCAAAUGUAGCUCAAUUCACAUUGAUGGUGGAUUUGGGUGCAUUUUACGUAUUCGCCGAGUGGAUAAAAUUUCAUCCUUGUUAGAAGAAGUUCAAAUAUUUAGGAAACUAAUUGGUAAAGGGAUACGUUUGGACGUAAAAGCAGAUGGUGAUGUUUGGUUGACUGUUUUAUCUGAUCGUCCUGUCUUUAUUAAUAGUGGAUAUCUUGAUCGACAGGCCGGUCGUACAGCGGGUGAUGCUGUUCAUAAGAUCUACUCCCAGGCUUCACUAAAGAAUGUGGAUGUCGAUGAUUUGCGCCGUCUUUGUUGCCUGGGCAUAUCAUUCGUAAAAGGAUGGGGAGAAGAUUAUGACAGAGUUUCAAUUAAAGAGACUCCCUGUUGGUUGGAAGUUCAGAUUAAUAGGUAUAUAUUACUGCUUUGCAGAUUUAAAAUUUUGAAUUCCAUCUAUGUCGUAAAUAAGCAAUUAGUUUCAAUUAUUUCUAUCUUUUGUCCUUUAAAUUAA